UUUGCUUCCUCCCUAUUCCCCAAGCCACUUUACUCUCGUCCUCCUCUCGUCUCUCUCUCUCUAUUUACAGAAGCUCCGUUUUCGAUUUACGUCCCUUACCGGCGCCUUCUACUCUGAUCCUGAGGAAGAGGGUGCUAACUAUAAUGAGUUCACGAAAAGGGGGUUCGAGAGGGCCUCUGGGCAGAGGAAAUAAUUCAAGGCCCCAUUCAGCUGGUAGAGGUUUUGAGAGCAACAGCAACACCCCUUCCCCACGAGCAAUCCCUCCUCCUUUGGAGCACGGGUGGAAUUGGCAUACAAGAGCUGCUGCCAGUAGUCAGUCUUCAGAAGAUGCUACAGGACAAGGAGAGACCACCAUACACUUGGACCCCCCUCCUGUUGAUGACGACGAUGACAAGUUUGAAAAUGACAAUGACUCAGAUGAAGUUGAUACAGAGGAUGAACUAUUAAGUGACGAAUAUGACUCUGAUGUGAGUGAGAAAAGCCACGACUCCCGCAAGAAUAGUAAGUGGUUCAAGGUUUUUUUUGAAAACUUGGACAAACUAAGUUUGGAUGAUAUGCAUGGUCCAUCAAGACAGUGGCAUUGCCCAGCAUGCAAAGGGGGUCCUGGUGCAAUUGACUGGUAUCGAGGUCUGCAGCCACUCAUGAUGCAUGCCAAAACAAAAGGAUCAAAGAGGGUGAAGCUGCACAGAGAUUUUGCAGAACUUUUGGAUGAAGAGCUCCGCAGGCGGGGCACUUCAGUCAUAGCAGCUGGUGAAGCAUUUGGUAAGUGGAAGGGUCUUGAUGAAAGGAUCAAAGAUCGCUCUAUUGUUUGGCCGCCAAUGGUUGUCAUUAUGAACACAUGGCUUGAGCAGGAUGAAAAUGACAAGUGGCAUGGCAUGGGAAAUCAAGAGCUUCUUGAUUCCUUUAGUUCAUACUCUCCAGUGAAGGCUCGACAUGCCUAUGGCCCACAGGGGCACCGAGGGAUGAGUGUUUUGAUUUUUGAGAACUCGGCAAUGGGCUUUUUAGAGGCCGAAAGUCUUCAUAACCAUUUCCAGGAACAAGGAACCGAUAGGGACGCUUGGGAUCGUCGUCCAGUCCUAUUCUGUCCUGGUGGAAAGCGCCAACUUUAUGGCUACAUGGCAGAGAAACAAGACCUGGACGUUUUUAAUAAGCACUGCCAUGGCAACAAAGCCGCCCGAUUGAAGUUUGAGACUAGGUCGUAUCAGGAGAUGGUUGUGAACCAAAUGCGACAAAUGAGUGAAGAUAACCAGCAGUUGAUCUGGUUUAAGGAUGAAGUGGCUAAAGGGCAAAGACGUUCAAAAGCUCUUGAAGAGUCUUUAGGAGUAGUAUCUGAGAAGUUGCGCAAGACCAAGGAGGAAAACCGCAUUGUCACGCAAAGGAGCAAAAUGCAUCAUGAGCAGAACAAGGAAGAGAUGGAUUUUCAAGAACAAUUCUUCAAAGACCAGCUUGAAAUCAUCCAUAAAACUAGGGAUGCAAAGGAAGACGAGUUUGAGAAGAUUCAGCAGGAGGAGCGAGAGAAGAUGAAACAAUCAAAUACACAUGUUUCUGCUAAGGGGGAUCGUGAUCGCAGGGAGGAAGAUUUUGCAAAGUUUGUCAAGUCUCAGGACAAAGAGAUGGAGGAAUUUGUGUCUGAGAGGGAGAAGUUAGUGAAAGCUUACGAAGAUGACAAAAUAUCAAUGAAUAAGAGGCAUUUUGAGGAAGAGGUUCAGCUGGAGAAGGAUUUUGAUACUGCCCUUAACCAGCUAAUGAGCAAGUACAGUCCACACCCUUCGGAGGAAGAAGGCAAAAGCAGUGAUCAGUAAUUGAGAUUGAAGGGAAGAGACUUGUAACUCCCAACUUAUGGUUAAACAAUAUUAUCAUACUCUUUUUGUACUCCUUGUACUUUAUCACCAUCAGCGGUAACAGUUCCAA